AUGCCUGAUAUAACAUCGUUACCCAGUCAUCCUCAACAUGACUCAGAGGUGACAAAAGAGGCAAUUCCUUCUCAUCCACUAGGUGUCAAACCUAGUGGGAAUGCUUUGCUGGCGACUUGGAGUCUUCGCGAUGCCACAGGGACUUUUCAGCAUUUACCAGAUGAACUAAUCCUGAUACUACUGGAAUACCUUGAUGGACCUAGCCUGUUGAGUUUCGGGCGAACAUGCAAGGCUUUUUAUGCGUUUACUCGGGCAGAGGAAUUGUGGAAGGCACUGUUCGUUCGCGAUCCAAGAGAAGACUUCACUUGGAGAGGAACAUGGCGGUCGACAUACCUCAACAUCCCCGCAACUAAAGUGCCAGUCGUGGACUGCUCCCAGCUGUUCUCUGAUUCUCUGUAUCGACCUUUUAACUGUGCGCACAUCUCAUUGGACCCGUAUGUCUCCAAGAUCCCGGCGCGGAAUCAGAUUGCACGUUUCACAGACCUCACACCGGAGGAAUUCCAAGCCAACUGGACCGACAAACCAUUCAUCUUGACCGAGCCCGUCAAGGCAUGGCCGGCAUACAAGAACUGGUCCUUCGGAUCAUUGAUCGCACGAUAUGGGACAACAAAAUUCCGAGCCGAGGCUGUGGAUUGGGCGAUGCGCACCUACGGUGACUACAUGGCAGACAAUUCCGACGAGAGUCCGCUUUACUUGUUUGACCGAUCCUUUGUUUCGAAGAUGGGGCUAUCAGUUGGAUCCCCCGACACCACACCAGAUGCAUCAUACUGGCCGCCAUCUUGCUUCGCCGAAGACUUCUUUUCGGUGCUUGGUGACGACCGCCCAGAUCACCAGUGGCUGAUCAUCGGACCUGAGAGGUCUGGGAGCAAAUUCCACAAAGAUCCGAAUGCUACAAGCGCCUGGAACGCUGUGUUGCGGGGCCCAAAGUACUGGAUCAUGUUCCCCUCCAGCACGAAACAGCCGCCUCCCCCAGGUGUCUUUGUGUCGGAUGACCAGAGUGAGGUGACUUCGCCGCUCAGCAUCGCCGAAUGGUUAUUGGGAUUCCAUGCCGAAGCACGCAGGACUGUCGGCUGCGUGGAGGGAAUCUGUGGCGAGGGUGAGAUUCUGCAUGUUCCGUCUGGUUGGUGGCAUUUGGUAGUGAACUUUGAGCCUUCGAUCGCCAUCACACAGAACUUUAUUCCGCGGGGCCACUUGAGUGCUGCAUUAGACUUCUUGUCUAAUAAGCCUGACCAGGUAUCUGGAUUCAGGAAGAAUGUCGCUGACCCGCUUGAGCGUUUCUUGGCCGGCAUGCGCGAGUCAUAUCCCGACAUGUUGGAACAGGCCUGGGAAGAGUUGCAGAAGAAGGGCGAAGGCAAGAAGCGCAAAUGGGAGGAUAUUGUCCAUGGAAAAACCGAGGAUACCACCAAUGGACAGGAAACCGCAGGUGGCUUCAGCUUUGGAUUUGGAGAUGACGGGAGUGACGUUGAGGUCCCGUGA